AUGGUCCUAUCAGCAAUGGUCCCAGGCGAAGAAAACUCAGUCCAACCUCACGUGUUUGGCAGCAAGUGGUCUCGCGAAUCUAUACCAAAAUAUGAGCUUCCAGCGGAGGAAAUGCCACCUUCAACUGCAUACCAACUCAUCAAAGACGAACUCGAACUAGACGGUCGACCUGCUCUCAACCUGGCAAGCUUUGUCACAACCUACAUGGAGCCUGAAGCUGAAAAGCUCAUGGAAGAGUCCUUCAACAAGAAUCUCAUCAACUAUGAAGAAUACCCCAUCACAGUUGAGCUUCAGAACCGCUGUGUCAACAUGCUGGGUCGACUUUUCCAUGCUCCUCUCAGUGCAGAUGAACCAGCUCUUGGUGUCUCAACUGUGGGAUCUACCAUCAUUUUGAGUACAUUAGCCAUGAAAAGGCGCUGGCAAUUACGUCGUGAAAAGGAAGGGAAAUCAAAAGAAAAGCCAAACCUUAUCAUGGGAGCAAACGUCCAAGUAUGCUGGGAAAAAGCUGUCCGAUACCUCGAAAUCGAAGCUCGUUAUGUAUUCUGCACUGAAGAUCAAAUGUUUAUGGAUCCCAAACAAGCUGCGGCUAUGGUUGAUGAAAACACUAUUGGUACUGUGGCUAUCUUGGGAUCAACAUACACUGGUCAUUACGAAGAUGUCAAGACUUUGAAUGACUUGUUGGUGGAGAUUAAUAAGAAGACUGGGUGGAAUGUUCCUAUUCACGUUGAUGCAGCUUCUGGUGGUUUCGUAGCUCCCUUCUUGGUACCAGACUUGGUAUGGGAUUUCCGGUUGCCUUGUGUCGCAAGCAUCAACACUUCAGGUCAUAAAUAUGGACUCGUGUAUCCAGGAGUUGGAUGGUGCAUCUGGAGAUCCAAAGAAUUCUUACCUGACGAUCUCGUCUUCCACGUCAACUAUCUUGGAGCAGACCAAGCUUCCUUCACCUUGAAUUUCAGUAAAGGUUCUUCUCAAGUCAUUGCCCAAUACUAUGUCAUGAUUCGACUAGGAAAGAAUGGAUUCAAAAGCAUCAUGGAAAACUUACAAGAAACAGCGAUAUUCUUGUCUGAACAAUUUACAAAUAUGGGCUUUGAAAUCUUAUCAUCUCAAGAUCCUCACAAGGGACUUCCACUCGUUGCAUUCAAACUGCCAAAGGAUGAAAGUCGGCACUUUGAUGAGUUUGAUGUUGCCAGUAGGCUUCGCGAAAGAGGUUGGAUUGUGCCAGCAUACACACUCGCGCCUCACGCAGACAAAAGCAAACUUUUACGUGUUGUCAUUCGUGAAGACUUCUCGUACAACCGUGCAGAGCUCUUGUUGGCAGACUUGAAAAUGGCUAUGGAGUUCUUGGAGGGACAAGAUGCCAAAGCUAUGGAAGCCAGGCGUGAAGCACACAAACAAUAUGGAAUCGGUCAUCACCACCACAAGCGCCACCCACUUGCAGUACAAGUCGCUGAUGCUCCACUCAAGAGUAUUCACGACACUGCUCCUACACAACAACCUGCUGCUACUCCAAGCGACACAGCCAAACCUGGUGCUGCUGCGCCAAGUGACGCUACCAAACCUGGUGCUGUCACUCCACCUGAUGCCUCUGGCAAAGAUUUGUGGGAUAAGGCCUCUUGGAGGGAUGUUAUGGCAUCGGUCAUUGCUAUGAAAACUACUGGGCAAGUCCAGUCAUUACAAGCCAUGCUAAUUGAAUCUCAAACUAUCGAUGAUCUCUUCCUGUGUUGUGAAAGUGUCGCUGCUCAUUAG